CCACCUUUGACCCUCAGUCUCUGCACAUCUACAUACCCCUUCUACGACUUUCCUCAUGUACUUGUUCUUGAGUGAAAGCCCUAGAACACUAUACCUCGUGACUAGCUCUCAAGAUGAACGGCGCGGGUGCCCCUCAAGGGCUCUUGUGUUCCGCGCAGCAUCGGACUCGUUCUCGCAGGCGGUGGUGGAGUUUCUCCCGAAGCAAGAGGUGGACCUCACGAACGCGAUCAAGUUAACUUCGAGGAUAGUGAAGGGUUGCCUGGGGUUGAUCUCAAUUGCGAACGAGAUGUUCUUGGCCGUGAUCACAUCUGCCACCGAAGUCGGGAACACGAGACCUUCCUCUGCGACGCCUGAAUCUGUAUCGCAAAUACACGACGUUGGUUUCUACUGUCUCACCUCUUCUUCAUGGGACGAUCUGAGCUCCCUUACGGCGGACCCCUUGGCAAGCCCCGGGUAUAACGACCCGGCCGACGUGUACAUGCGGGAACACACAGGCAGCGGCACGGCAACCCCUGCGCCCGAGCAUCCCUGUGCCCCAUUGCGCAAAAUCAUCUCGGCGGGGACGUUCUACUACGCUGUAGAGCCACAGUGGGACAUCUCCUCACGUCUGCAGCGGCGAUUGGCUAGGAAGGAGCCCUGGGACGCUGCGACAUUUGAUGAUCGCUUUGUCUGGAACGAGUACAUCGUGAGGAGCUUGCUUGACUUCCGAGACCGCCUGGAUCCGCAAGAGCGCGUGGAGUUGGACCAAUGCCAGUUCGUUGUACUUGCCACCCAAGGCUAUGUUGGCGUGAGCACACUCGCUCUUCCCGCACCGCCGACGAAUGGCACCCCAAUCAUUGCGACUAUAUCCCUCAUCUCUCGACUGGGCUGGAAACGAGCCGGAACGCGAUUCAAUACCCGGGGUGUCGAUGAUGACGGCAAUUGCGCCAACUUUGUUGAGACCGAAACUAUCUUCAGCACCGACCAGCACUGCUAUAGUUACGUACAAGUACGGGGUAGCGUCCCAUUAUUCUGGGAGCAGCAAGGACUACAAACGUUCGGCCAGCGGAUCCAGAUAACCCGUCCUCAAGCAUCUCAACCUGCGUUCGACCGUCACUUCGCCGCUCUAGUGGAAGAAUAUGGCGCAGUGCACGCCAUCAAUCUGCUCGGGACGAAGGAGAACGAAGCGGCGCUCACUGGGGCCUAUACCCGGCAUAUUUCGAUAGCUCGGAACUCGGUCGGAGACACGAUUGGGAUCACGAACUUCGACUUCCACGCUGCAGUCAAGUUCGGUGGCCACGAAAGCGUCUUCCGAGAAGUCAGACAUUUGGAGUCCGUCGUGGACAACAUUGAUAGGUUCGGCUUCGCGAUGGCUGACGCGAACUCGAGCGAAAUAAUCACGGAGCAGAAAGGCAUCUUCCGGACCAACUGUCUAGAUUGUCUGGACCGGACGAACUUUGUGCAAGACAUCCUCUCCCGCACAGCCCUCGAGCAGUUCCUGAUGCAUAUACGCCGCGAGUGGAUACACUCGACCUCACUAUGGUCCACACAUGCCGAACUCUGGGCUGAGAACGGCGAUGCGUUGUCCCGCAUAUAUGCAGGCACCGGUGCGCUCAACACGAGUUUCACGAGGAGCGGAAAGCGUACAUUGGCCGGUGUCUUGUCCGACGCGACGAAGAGCGUCUCACGCGCGUAUAUCAACAACUUUCAGGACAAGGGGAAGCAAGUCGCCAUUGACAUGUUCGUGGGAAAUUUGAGCACACAACGACAGGUCACUAUCUUCGACCCCAUCCACGAUUCUGUUCGCGCGGCAUUGGCGAAUAGGCUGCACGAAUAUUCCACCACGAAGCAGUGUUCUAUCUUUGUGGGCACUUGGAACCUCAACGGCAAACCACCAACUUCGGAGUCUCUGCUACCGUGGUUGUUCCCCCGUCCAAAUAUCCCAGACCCGGACAUCUUUGCGUUGGGGUUCCAAGAGAUAGUUCCGCUCACUGCUCAGCAGAUCGUUCAGGCAGAUCCAGAGAAAAGACGUAUGUGGGAAGCGAAAAUCGUCGAUACGCUGGAGCGACGCCCAAAUAAACAGAGCGAGUAUAUCCUCCUCAGAAGCCACCAGCUGGUCGGUACAGCGCUCCUCGUGCUAGUGAAGAAGGAGUUGACUGCUGUGAUUCGAAACGUCGAAGCGGCCUCUCACAAGACGGGUUUACGAGGCAUGUCCGGCAACAAAGGAGCAGUUGGCAUUCGGCUGGAGUACCAUGAUACUACGUUCUGCUUCAUCACUGCUCAUCUUGCCGCCGGUCAUUCUAACAUCGUCGAACGCAAUGCCGACUACCGGACCAUAGUCACUGGACUGCACUUCCUGAAGGGAAAAACUAUCGACAGUCAUCAAAAUGUGAUCUGGUUGGCGGACACGAAUUACCGGAUUGACCUCGAUAACGAGCGCGUGAGGACGUUGGCUCAGAUAGACGACUUCGACGCCCUCCUUGCUGCGGAUCAGCUAAGACGCGCUAUGGAUGACCGUGAAGCGUUUCAUGGCUACCAAGAAGGACCUCUGCUCUUCCGACCCACGUACAAGUACGACCUGCACUCCGAUACCUAUGAUAGUGGCGAGAAGAUGCGGAUACCCGCUUGGACAGAUCGUAUCCUGUUCAAAGGAAACAACCUCGACUUGACGGUGUACUCGCGUGCCGAGCUCAAAUCGUCCGACCACCGGCCCGUGUUUGCACUCUUCAGAGCAGAAGUGAGGAUAGUCGAUCACGCUAAAAGAGCAGCACUCCAGAAGUUGCUCUUGGAGAACGUUACAACCACCGCCCCAGGUGAGAAGCUCGACGAAAAGCUUGCUUCUCUGGCUUUCACCUCGCAUGAGCAGGAUUUGCCUCCGCCCAGCACCGAUGAACACGCUUGGUGGGAUGAUCAAGAUCAUCCCAACGGUAUUGUCAUUCCUGUCGCUAGAGGCAACGGAGCGAAUGGUCGCAGCACGAAUCCGUUCGACUCAUCCAGCGAGUCGUCGCUCUCGUCUUCUCCAUCCUCGUCCGAGGAAGAGCUGUACAACGCACUGCAGGCCCCCAUUACUCCGAAUCAGCCCCCCGCCCCUACACACCGCAGACCUGCACCACCACCGCCGACGCGGGCGAACAAGCCCACUACGGAGAUGGCCGAUACAUAGCCCAUGUAGC